UCAGACCCUGAACUUGUUCUCCUGACCGAGUCGCUUGGUGUGUGGGUGUGUGAUUCCGCGGAGCUCCCCCUGGUGCGGCGAAGCGUCAGCAGCUCUACACGCCGGCCCGGCAUGCACCAGUCGCGGGGUACGAGGAGGCAGUGAGCCGCAGAGACCCGGAGAGAUGCAGGCGGAGGACAUGGAGGUGCCGAUCAUCCAUAACCUGAACGACACCGGAGACAGACUGAGGCAGAGGGGGAAAGAUGUGUUCAAGGAGCAGCAGAAGGAGUCGGAGAGCUCCAUGGACUCUCCCAACCUGGAGUUCGAGUAUGGAGACACGGACACAGUCACCGCCGAGCUCUCAGAGCUCUACAGUUACACAGAGGAGCCGGAGUUCGCCCUCAACAGAGACUGCUUUGAGGAGGACUUCGGGAGCCAUGGCAGGAGGUGGAUCGAGCUGGCGGUGGAGGAGCAGAGGACGUACGUGAUGAGGCUGCUGGACGCUCUGGAGGUGACGGACAGAGACAAGAGGCUGAAGGUGGCCCGAGCCAUCCUCUACCUGGCCCAGGGAGUGUUUGAUGAGUGCGACACCGAGGUGGACGUGCUCCACUGGUCCAGACACAAUGUCUUUCUGCUGUACGACAUGGGCAUCUUCACGGCACUGCUUGAGCUGCUCAGCAUGGAGAUAGACAACAGCCAGGCGUGCAGCAGUGCUGUGAGGAAACCUGCCAUCUCUCUUGCAGACAGCACAGAGCUCAGAGUGUUACUGAGUAUCAUGUAUUUGAUGGUGGAGACCAUAAGAGUUCCAACAGAGGAUGACAGACCUGAGUGGAUCGCAGCCAGAGAGGUCUUCAAGAAUGAGUUGGGUUCACCUCUGUACAACGGAGAACCCUUUGCCCUGCUCCUCUUCACUAUGGUGACCAAGUUCUGCAGCAUGAACGCCCCACACUUCCCCAUGAAGAAAGUCCUCCUGCUGCUCUGGAAGACGAUACUGUUCACCAUGGGGGGCUUCUUGGAGCUCCAGCAGAUGAAGGUGCGGGGCCGGGAGCGUCUCAACCUGCCUCCGCUACCGGAGGACAGCAUCAAGGUGGUCAGGGCGAUGAGAGCGGCCUCGCCCCCGGCCUCAGCCAUGGAGCUCAUCGAGCAGCAGCAGCAGCAGAAGAGGGGCCGCCGCAGCCGCAGGAGUGCCUUUGUUGAUAGCUUGGAAGGAGACAGUCCCUUUCCCAAGAAGCAGCCCCUGGUCAAACAGGACAGCCUGGACACGUACAACGAGCGGGACCCCUUCAAGAACGACGACGCCCGGGACGAGGAGGAGGACCCAGAGGACACGGACAGCGGCAUCGAGGGCGAGGUGGACCCUCUGGACCGCGAGAUCAUCAUCCAGCCUCCACCGCCACCGCCUCCUCUGAGACCUCCAACGGAGAGGGUCAACUUCCCCAAGGGCCUCCCCUGGGCCCCUAAAGUCAGGGAGAAAGACAUCGAGCACUUCCUGGAAACCAGUAGAAACAAGUUCAUCGGCUUUACCCUGGGAAAUGACACAGAGACCUUGGUGGGCUUACCCAGACCCAUCCACGAGAGUGUCAAGACUCUGAAACAGCACAAAUAUGUGUCUAUUGCUGAGGUCCAGAUCAAGAGGGAGGACGAGCUGCAACAGUGUCCGAUGACUCUGGGGGAGGAAGAUGUGGAGGAGACUUCAGCAGAGAUCCUGUACCUGGGUAUGCUUCCUAACCUCUCCCAGUAUGUGAUUGCCCUCCUCAAGCUGCUGCUGGCCGCAGCUCCAACCUCCAAAGCCAAAACAGACUCUAUCAACAUCCUGGCUGACGUGCUGCCUGAGGAGAUGCCUAUCACAGUCCUUCAGAGCAUGAAGCUGGGAAUUGACGUGAACCGUCACAAGGAAAUCAUAGUGAAGGCCAUCUCUGCUCUCCUGCUGCUGCUCCUUAAGCACUUAAAACACAACCAUAUCUAUCAGUUUGAGAUCGUCUCCCAGCACCUGGUGUUCGCCAACUGUAUCCCACUCAUCCUCAAGUUCUUCAACCAGAACAUCAUGUCCUAUAUCAGUGCCAAAAACAGCAUCUGUGUGCUGGACUUUCCUAACUGUGUGGUCCAUGAGAUGCCUGAGCUCACAGCUGAGAGCCUUGAAGCAGGAGACAGCAACCAAUUCUGCUGGAGGAACCUGUUCUCGUGCAUCAACCUGUUGAGGAUCCUGAACAAACUGACCAAGUGGAAACACUCCAGGACCAUGAUGUUGGUGGUGUUCAAGUCGGCCCCCAUCCUGAAGAGAGCUCUGAAGGUGAAACAGGCCAUGAUGCAGCUCUACGUCCUCAAGUUGCUCAAGAUACAGACCAAGUACCUGGGCCGCCAGUGGAGGAAGAGCAACAUGAAAACCAUGUCAGCCAUUUACCAGAAAGUCCGUCACAGGCUCAAUGACGACUGGGCGUACGGAAACGAUAUCGAUGCACGGCCCUGGGACUUCCAGGCGGAGGAGUGCGCCCUGCGUGAGAGCAUCGAGAAGUUCAACAGCCGCCGCUAUGACAAGAACAAGAACGGCGACUUCAUGCCCGUGGACAACUGCCUGCAGAGCGUGCUGGGCCAGCGCGUGGACCUGCCCGAGGACUUUCACUACAGCUACGAGAUGUGGCUGGAGAGGGAGGUGUUCUCGCAGCCGAUCCAGUGGGAGGGGCUGCUGCAGGAUCCGUGAUGGAGAUGAGAGAGCGAGGGGGGUGGGGUGAGAGGAGGUGGAGUCAAAGGUCACCCACACACAAGCCUGUCCGUUUGGUUGUAGGGGUGCUGCUGUUGCCGCAGAAAACAGAGCCCUAGGAGAAUAGGAGUGAAGAGGGUAAUAAUAAUCUGCACAUCAGUGAUGUGGAGGAGAGGAGUUGGACGAAGUCGCCUCUUGGGCCCGGAUGAGAAGAGAUGGAGGAGAAGAGGUGACGAGCAGACGGAGCUUCCUGCGACGAGCUCGGCACAAACAGACGCCACACGCAUGCACACACACUUGACGCUAACAUGUGCCUACGACUACUAUGAAACACAUGGACGUGACAGGUGAGAAGAGAAGUAGCAGUUCACAACAAACAUCUGAUAUGACCGUAGCAGGAGACAGCUCUCGCCUCUUUACUGCCCCUUAGUGUUACACAACAACAGAAACUCUUCUGUCCCCUCUUUCUAAAAUGUUGGUGCUUUUUAAACUCACUGAUAUUUCUUUUCUUUGUUGCGAUACUGAAAGUUAAAUGUUUUAUGACAAACCAUUUUUUUCAAAAGAAGAUGUAAAUUAAAAUGAUUUCUAUUUCAGUUGAUGCCUUUUUUUUAUUUUGAGACGGAGCCUAUUGGGUUGUAGUUUCUCGGUGAUGGAUCAAGUUUUUCUUAUGUAUUUUGUAGAAGAAAAAUGCCUUUUGGAAGCAAACCACAGGGUCAUUUUGAUAGUCCAAAUAAGUACAAGUUCUUUGAGCUAUUUCCUCCUAAAAGAAGGCACCAAAAAUAUACAAAUAUAUAUAUAUAUAUAUAUAUAUAUAUAUACCAGCUGUACAUGUAUGGUUUGUUUGUGGAUGUUCUAAAUAUAAAAAAAAAAAUGCAGAGGAUGGUUAUUUGGGCACAAAGCAAACAGAAUCUGCUUGAAGAUACUGCAUUUUGAGGUAGGUUUUAUUUACCUAUUUGAUCUCUUUUAAACUGAAAAUCCUCUUAACACUAGAAUCCUUGUUAUUCCAGAAAAGCUCAGUAUCUUUUACAUCACAAAAUAAGAUCCGUAAUAACUCACUUCCUCCAGGAUCCAUUUGUGUGCAUGAUUAAAACCCCAGCCAUGAUCAGAGUAGAAGGAAUUCUGUUUGGAACUUCAACCUGCUGACGUGCUCUCCACCAGUCUGACAACAGCACAACACGUAAAACUACUAAGUAUUAAACCAGCUCCCCGUCAGCGGCCGUUGCCUCGCUUGUUUGAAUGAACACAAAAAAACACAUGGUGCUGUUUUUCUAGUUCGUCUUCAACUGAACCCUAUUUAUCAACUACCUACCACCUGAGAUGAGAGCUUUCUGUGCUUGAAGCACAUUCACGAGCACAGAGGCCAAAUAAGCGUGGCCACCUUUUUUUUCCACGUCACUGGUUCAGAUUGUUACCGACUUGUGUCAAUGGGUCAGGAGCCGUCAUGUAUUAUCUGUGUGUAUAGAAGGAUCUUCUCUGUGGGAAUGUGCAUGGCCGCUGUGUAGUUUUGAGUAUCUGUUCACACUUAAAUAACUGUAUGUGGAAUGUCCUUUAUUUGUCUAAUGAUGUAUCCAGCACAAUAAGUGUAGUUUUUUAAUCCUAAAGACACAGUGUGCUGCUUUACGUGGGGUUUUAUUUUUCUUUUCUUCUUCAGGAAGGUGACAUGUUAGAAAAAAGAACUAUAACAGAUUCUCAGGUUUAUGGAGAUAAUAUAUUGCAACAGUUUUACAAGCUUCUGUCUCAUUGUCUAGCUCACGACAUGUAGUGAUGAAUACACGUUUUUUGUCAGAUACUAAAAUUACACCUCUUGUCCAUGGACUGUUUAUAAAUGUCGAUGACACCUGUUCACUUCCUCCUCCUAUCCAGAAAUGAAGCUAAAAUAUCCCGGAUACGAACCCUGUUAUCUUGUGCAUUUGGAGUCAGUCUGCACAGUAAAGAUAAAGGGAUGGAGCUGUGCGAACGAGGUCCUGUCGCUACACAUGCUCGACCAAUUACAAGUCAGUUUCACAAAUUAAAACCAAAUUGGCGCUUGAGCAAACAUCAGUGUGGUGAGAACUACCUAAAGUGACAAAAAUCAUCUUUGAAAGAAAUAUAUUUGAUCUGUUCCAUCUGCUAACAGGUGGAAGGAUUUAUGACAUAUACUGCAGCCAACCACUAGAGAGCGAUCAAGAUGCUUUAGAUUCACUGUUAUGUCAUCCAUCUUUAGAAACAGUUCAUGAUCGAAACAUUUACUGAGUAAGCAAAGACAAUAACUCGUUGGUUAGGAUUUAUGUAUUUGUUGUAUCUUGUGCCAAACUAGUGUGCCAUUUUCUCUUUUUAUUUAAUUAUUGUUGCCUCCAUGACGAUAUGUAUGUUUUUUUCAUUUUUCACCACUAAGGUUUGCAAUACAGAAAUGUUAUUUUCUACCUGAAAAUUGUACAAUCAAUGAAAGUGCUGUUUUCUUGUAUCUGGUACAGUAUCUUACCAGACGUGUUUAGCAUUGUUUCGAUAUUACUUCAGUAUUUAUGUGUUUUUUCUUACAUGCAUUAACAUAUCUGUAUCGUAUAGAUGAAUACUCAAUGCUGAAUUUUAUUCAGGGGUAUGUGCAAUUACAGAUCAAUAGAGGCAUUAUCAAAUAGAAUUAUGAAUAACAAUAUCAGAGUUGCUUAUUAAACAAUGUUGAACAGUU